UGGCAUUUGAUUCCGUUGUGGCCGACGUCAUCGACGAUGAGCAACACGAGACUGCAGAGCCAGCAUUCGCUCAAUGAAGCCAUCAUAUCCCGGCUCGCGAUUCCAAAGCUGGGGAGCCAUCGCCCUGGUCGAUCUCGUAGUCAAGAUGAUUCCGUGGUUGUCGUCGACGGUGUGGACUUGCGAGUCCUGAGCAGCCAUUCCAAGCUCCCACGGCCGCCACGUAUGAGUAUCGCCUGGAAACCAAACAAACAAAUGGCGGCGAUCGUGUCGGCUCAUGAAGACGCGAUUGCAAAGGACAAUGCCGCCAUGUACAUUCAAAAGUGGUAUCGAUGCCGCCGCAACGUUCCGUUUCAUCGACUGACGCAAACGUUGCUGGGGCUCAUCAAGCAAUUGGAUCGAGAUUUGAUCCUGUUUUGGAAGCUAUUGCAUGAAGGCUUGACCGUGUUCAAGUACAAUUACGCAGGCAAAGUCAAGUCCAGGCGCAUCCUUUGUUUAAGUCCAGAUUGUGAACGUCUCGUGGUCGGGAAGCCAAUGACCAGCAGUGUGCGCUACCUUUUUCGCGCGUCCACGCGGCUCUUGCCCACCGAAAAGGGCUUGUAUUUGGCAGAUAUUGCCGAGGUGCGCCCUGGACUUGCCACGUAUUCGUUUGGGCAGUCUCCGCUGUACCCGAUUGCCGACAAGUGUUUUUCGAUCAUUGGGUCCGAGCGCACGCUAAGCUUGGAAAUGCCCACUCGCAAUGCACGCGAUCAAGCCGUGAGUCGAUUUCGCGUCCUCGUGGAUGUGUUGCAAGGCCCCGACUGCAUGCUAGCGUCGCGACAAUGGCAGACACCGUCGCUUUUGUCGUCGGUGCCACUUCCCCCCGCUAAAAUCGAAAACAUUUACGCUUGUUUCCUCGCGGGCGUGCAUGUCCUUCGACACACCAACAAAGCGUCCGCUGUGGACCACAUCCUUUGGGUCGACUUGACCACGCAAAAAUUGCACUGUGGCGAUUCCAAACUGUCGUCGGCCAAAGGAGUAGCGCUCGUCGACGUGGUGGAAAUUCGCAAGGGUAUCAACAGUCACGGAUUUUCACUGACAGAUGAACCGCCGAUUGUCGAGUGCUUUUCUAUCAUCGGGAGCGAGCGAUCAUUGGAUUGUCAAGUGCAUACCCAAACCAGUCGAGAUACAUUAUGUGUGGCAUUGCAGCAUCUGCUACUGGACUGUGCAACGGCCACCCCGCUCAUCCAACUUCAACGUCAAGCGCAGUACAGCAGACAACCACCCACAGCCCUCGGCCAUACGAUUGCGCUGCAGCUGUAGCAAACACCCCACACUUGGUGACUACUUUUGAACGAGCCCGUCGAAUAAACUGCAAUGUGAUGACGUCAUCAAGGGCUGGGGGUCUUUCGACGGCGACUUGGUCCACGGAGAAGGUUUAGGUUUGCGGUCGUCGACGUCGACCUUGAAGUUGGUACGGCGCAGCACUUGGCCGUUGGCGCAUAGAUCCUACGCAACUCCAAACACGAUAUAUAUAUUUUUUAUUUUUUUUUUCAUCCUUCACAAUGUGUUUAGUAUCAUCGAAACAAGGAAAAUAUACACUAGAAAAAUCGAUCAACUAGUUUUUGCUUUCACAAAAAAUACCAAUGGUAAUAUUGUCGAUUUGAUACAAUAUUUUGGGGGUGCAAUCGAAUCGCGC